AUGGUCGACCUCGAGCGCGACGUGGCCUCGUGGAAGCGCCGCUUCCCUGACCAGCCGCUGCCUACUCGACUGGCCCCGCCCUACAUGCGCCGCGCCCUCGCCCUUGACGCCGGCGCCCUGGGCCAGCUCUACUCGCGUACUUGGUCCUUUAUGCGAUUCAACGAUUACUAUCCCGUCAUGCGUCCAACGGCUCGGCCCCCGCCCGGCAAAGUUGGUGACGACAUGAUCCGCGCGCAGAAUUUCUGGGGCUCGGGCUUAGCCCGCCGCGACAUGUCACCCGGAGAGUGGGCUGGCACCGGCAAUCUAGAUGACAUCAUGGUGAGUAGCUUGGUCCUGCGGCUCAAGGCCUUGGUUGCCCUACCUUUGUCGCGCGGAGAGACGCGUGGUGCAAGAGGAUUAACGAUUGCUAACUCGUGCCGGCGGUUACCUGCGUACCAGAACCAGCGACAGGUGCUCGUGUACGAGCUGCCGCCUACCCCCGCCGAGAUGGCCGCCUGGCGGUCCUGGAACGAGAAUCUGCCUGCUAUGGUAGAGGAGGAUCGCAAGGAGUUCGAGGCGCAGUAUGACGAUUCGGACGACGCGAGCGAGGCCGGCGAUUCGGACGACGUGGAUAACUGA